AUGGACUCUGAGCUUAUCGCAAAUAUGGACCGUUGUCCCAUGUAUGCUUCCUUCUUUGGCGCCAUAGGCUGCGCGUGUUCCAUUGUCUUCACCACCUUCGGCGCAUCCUACGGCACGGCAAAGUCUGCAGGCGCCAUCUUCCAGUCGGGCAUUCUUCGACCAGACAUGCUGAUGCAGAACACCCUAUGUGCUAUCAUGGCCCAGAUUCUCUCCAUAUACGGCCUUGUUGCCAGUGUCAUCAUGUCCAACAACAUCAAAGAGAAGAUGCCCAUUCAUACAGCUUUCUUGCAACUCGGAGCUGGUAUCUCGGUUGGCCUAUGUGUCCGAGCCAGCUCGCAACAGCCUCGCCUCUAUAUCGGAAUGGUCCUCAUACUCAUCUUUGCAGAAGUCCUGGGCCUGUACGGCGUCAUUGUUUCUAUCCUCAUGCUCACCCGUUCCACAGAGGCCGCAGAGUGCAGGUACUAA